AUUGUAACCUCUCAGGCCUCACAUGUGCUCCCUCUGUUCCUCCUGCUGUGCACAUUACAGCAUAUCAGCCAUGACCAGGAUUAGGUGACAGAGAGCAGUGCUCUGUCUGUUUCUCCUUCUGAGAAAAGAGAGGACGGGAGGAAAGAAGGCAGCCAUGGAGUUAAAGGUGCAACAUAAGAGGAAAACGGACUCCUGUGUCCGCGUUCUAGGAUGGCCACGGAAAGCUCCACUAUUCCCAGUCCUGUUGUCCGCCAAAUUGACAAGCAGUUCCUGAUCUGCAGCAUAUGUCUGGACCGCUACGAAAACCCCAAAGUACUGCCUUGUCUGCACACCUUCUGUGAGAGGUGCCUGCAGAACUACAUCCCUGCCCACAGCCUCACCCUGUCGUGUCCUGUGUGCCGACAGACAUCUAUUCUCCCAGAAAAGGGGGUGGCGGCACUGCAGAAUAACUUCUUCAUCACCAGUCUGAUGGAUGUGCUGCAGCGAAGGCCAGAUACCUGUAGCCAGGAGGCCACCACCCUCGACAACGUAACCGCUGUGGCUACAAAACAGCUGCUCUCCUGCCCCAACCAUGGGGGAAGUGUGAUGGAGUUUUACUGCCCACCCUGUGAGACAGCCAUGUGUCAAGAAUGCACAAGUGGGGAACAUGGAGAGCACCCAACCGUGCCUCUAAAAGAUGUAGUGGAGCAGCACAAGGCCUCAUUACUGGACCAGCUGAAUGCUGUGAAGAAGAGGCUUCCGGAGAUUGACUCCGCCCUGCUGACCCUGUCUGAGAUCCUGCAGCAGCUGACCAGUCGUAAAAGCUCCAUAGAAGAUGACAUCCAUACAACCUUUGAUGAGCUGCAAAAGACCCUCAAUGUCCGCAAGAGUGUUUUACUAAUGGAGCUGGAGGUCACCUAUGGGCUGAAACAAAAGGUUCUCCAGGCACAAUUGGACACCUUACUGCAGGGACAGGAGGGCAUCAACAGCAGUUGUAACUUCACCGAGCAGGCGCUGACCCACGGCAGCGAGGCCGAGGUGCUGCUGGUGAAGAAGCAGAUGGGUGAGCGUCUCAUCGAGCUGGCCAAUCAGGAGCUCCCUCUGCAGCCAGGUGAAAAUGCCCAGCUGGACUUCCUCGUUGAGACAGAUGGGUUAAAGAAAUCUAUCCACAACUUGGGCACCGUGGUAACCACAAACGCUGUUGCAUCCGAGACUGUGGCCACAGGUGAAGGGUUACGACACUGUGUGGUAGGUGUGCCCACAGCCAUCACCAUAACCACUAAGGACAAAGAUGGGCAGCUGUGCAAGAUGGGUAAUGCAGUCAUCACUGCUGAAAUCUCCUUCUCUGACGGGUGCAAAGUUGAUGGAGAGAUCCUGGACAACAAGAACGGCACCUAUGACUACCUUUUCACUGCUCCCAAAGAAGGCCCUUUUAACCUAUCUUUGCGCUUGUACAACCAACACAUCAAAGGAAGUCCGUUUAAAAUAAAGGCCCACAUACAAACAUCCCUGAAUUCAGAUGGCACAAAGAAGAGGCUGAAGUCUCCAGGCAGCGGACACAUCAAGCAGAAAGCCUUCAAAAGGCCGGCCAGUAUGUACAGCACCGGGAGGAGGAAAGAGAAUCCCAUCGAGGAUGAUCUUAUCUUCCGAAUAGGCACCAAAGGAAGAAACAAAGGGGAGUUUACCAAUCUGCAGGGAGUAGCAGCCUCUUCUCAGGGAAAAGUGCUGAUAGCAGACAGCAACAACCAAUGUGUUCAGGUAUUUUCCAAUGAUGGCCAGUUCAGAAGUCGUUUUGGCAUCCGGGGCAGGUCUCCAGGUCAGAUGCAGCGGCCAACGGGUGUGGCUGUCCACCCCACUGGUGACAUCAUCAUUGCAGACUAUGACAACAAAUGGGUCAGCAUCUUCUCAAGUGAUGGGAAGUUUAAGAACAAAAUAGGCUCAGGGAAACUGAUGGGACCUAAAGGCGUAGCGGUGGACAGGAACGGCCACGUCAUCGUGGUCGACAAUAAGGCCUGCUGCGUCUUCAUCUUUCAGGCCAACGGCAAGAUGGUCACAAAGUUUGGUAACCGUGGCAACGGUGACAGGCAGUUUGCAGGCCCUCAUUUUGCUGCCGUCAACAAUAACAACGAAAUCAUUGUGACGGAUUUUCACAACCAUUCAGUCAAGGUGUUCAACACAGAAGGAGAGUUCCUGUUGAAGUUUGGCUCCAACGGCGAAGGUAAUGGGCAGUUCAAUGCUCCCACUGGAGUGGCAGUGGAUGUCAAUGGAAACAUCAUCGUAGCAGACUGGGGUAACAGCAGGAUACAGGUGUUUGAUGGCAGCGGCUCUUUCCUCUCCUACAUCAACACGUUGGCUGACCCGCUCUACGGCCCGCAGGGAUUGGCCCUCACCUCUGAUGGACACGUUGUGGUAGCAGAUUCUGGCAACCAUUGUUUCAAAGUCUACCGCUAUCUGCAGUAGCUGACCUUUUUGCUUUUAGGGACAUGCCUACACCUCUUGGCCUGGGAAGACCAGGAGAACUGGAACUCAAACUCAUUCAUUCAUUCAUUCCUUCCACUGUGCCAUCCGUUAGAAUUUUCUCCUGAUUUUGAAGAAACAACUGCUCAUACAGUUCUGCUGCUGGUUGGUGCUACGAAGAGUCGAUCACAAUCGUGUUUAUGUUCCAUUUGGAGUGUUGACAUGAAAGGUGAAGCUUUAGUAGUGAUAAACCUGUGAUAUCACAAAAAAAAAAAUCGCUGCACUGGUUAAAAUCACGCACUUAAGUGACUUAACUAUAGUUUAGGUACCUGACAAAAUAACAUAUUUAAAAACUAUUAGUGCAGUUUUCUGUUUAAAAAGCCCUUAAGCCAACUCACAAUUUGCCUGUUCACAGAGUAUGCUGUAGGAUUGUUUGGAGCAUGAUUACGCAUUGCUGUGCAUGUUGUUUUUAAAAAACAUCUUUAAUACUAAAAUGCAGUUUAUUUUGAAAAUACAGGAUUUAAUAUCACCACUAUAACAUUUUAAAUGGCUGCACAGUUUCAGUACACUGAAUGGGUAAUGGUCUAUGUUUUAGGUAGACACAGAUCUGAGAAACUUUGGCCAUAUAAUGUGAACUUUAAUAUAGGGCAACAAGUGACAAGGUUAUACGUUAAUAUUUGAAUAAAAUAUUUUAAAUCAUAGUUUGUCUCAGUUUUUGUUAUGAUUCCUGUUGAGUACUAAUGGCCAAAAGUCCCACAAUCCAAGUAUAAUUAAUCUAAUAAAAUGUUAAACAAUAUCUAUAUUAACUAAAUUUCAAAGAUUUAUACAUUUGUAAAUCAAGUAAAAUAUGUUAGAAUAAAGCCCUUUGUGAAUUAUUACUGUCAAUGUUGCGCAUACCACAAAUUAAACUGCAUGAUAUGCUGCAACAGGAUUGUGGAUUAACUAAAUUGUUGAAACGACUACAGAUAAUUCUUAUUUAAUGAAGUUGACCAUUUUUUUUGUAUGAUGAAAAAAAUCUACAGUUAUUAAAGUGUGGCAUCUUUUGAAACCCUACAAUUAUUUUAUUGUACACUGAUGCACCUUGUUGGACUUCAUACCUCCCCUCAGCCUCUGAAUGCUUAUCCUACAUUGCACGGCCACCUCAGUCAGUUUUUUUUUUUUCUUAUUUAAUUCAUGGUUUAUUAAACACGUGUGUUCAUGUUUUUUAUUGUGGCACAUUUGGAUCUCCAUACACAUCUGCUGUACAUGUCUACAUUGUAGGCCCAUGUCCCAGAUAUGCAAGAUUCAUCUUCUAUCCUACACAAAAAUUACUUUGAUUUCCCCCCACUGGUCUCAGAACUGCUAAACCGAUAGCCCUCACUCCUUCCAAUGAGAUCUUGUCUUUUCCACAUGUGUCUGAUUGAUGGUGACCUUGUAGAUUUGGAAGAUGUUAUUUUGUGCAUAAGCAUUUGGUGUACAUGUUGUAAAAUACAAUCCUGUUUAAAGCCUUCAUCAUAAACAGUCUUUAAGCACACAAUUAUUAGUAUUCGUCUUCCCGAGUUUGGUCAAGUUUUUACACAAUCCUGUAAAAUUCUUUGUCUUGUACAUAUUUGUAUUGCAAAAUUGAAUUAAAGUGCCAAAGAUGACAAAACGUA